UUUUUCGAGGCUUCUUCUUGUUUUCUAGGCAAGAAAAGUCUUCUUGGGGUAACCGGAACCCGACUGGCUGGCGGCGAGUAGAACCCUCUUUUUUUCCAACAAUCUUCUGUGCGUGUGUGCGAGUGCACCACUUUAGCCACGCAUUGCCAAAAGUUUCGAGUUCGAUAGACAAUGCAUCGUUUCUUGGCCCACCCACCGUUUUUUUUUUUUUCCGCAAGAAAAUUAGGUGAGCAGCGGAUUUUGAACCCGUGUCUUUUUGCAACCAAAAGCAGACACCUGCGGCGAACGACGUACCCAACUGAUGAUGUUGUCGCACCCUGUGUUCCCGUGUUCCCUUUUCCCUGCCGGCGGGGGAUGCCUGGUCGGCGGGAACCCGGCACGGAACCCUCCGGCGUUGUAG